UAAUACAAACGCUGCCACUUUAUAGAAGCUGAGAACCACUGAAGGGUUUUAGAGGUUUAUGACUGCGUUCCAAAACAUCAGGUUUUGGUAGAAGAAGACGGUCUGUUUUGCUAUUAUCGCUCCUUCAGUAAUCUCCAUUCAAAGCAUUUGGUCAGUUAAGGUUAAGAUGGAAGAAAGCGCCUCCGACGAGUUUAGCUGUCUAGCAGCACUGCAAAGAAUGGUGGCUCGUUAUCCUGAUUUGAGAGACAAUUCUGCUAUACGCACGCUCUUUGCAAAGGGUUUAUGUAUUAAGGAUGAUGAUGUCCUGGACGUUUCUGCAGAGCUACUGCUACAGCCAGACCUUACAGUUUCCGUCAUUGGGUGUUUUCGACCUCUUUCAAUCAGAAUCAUAAAUACUUUAGUGGGGUUGCUUCAGCGGCUGCAAAGCUCAGGAGGAUGUGUGAACAAGGAUCAUGAGAAGCUUGAUACACAAGAGUUUUUCCAAAUUAAGUUGCACCUUUCAAAAUGUUGGAGUUUAAAUCUUCAUGAACAUGCAGUUAUUGCGUUCAGUCGCAGUCUAGAACUUGCACCCUUUCUGUUGAGGUCCAUAUUGCAGUAUUUUUCAUUUGCGCCACCACCAUUUCAAAGACUAUUGCAAUUUGAUAUUUCGAUACUUAAGACAGAAGAAGAAGCUUUUCAUUUGUUGGACAUUAUUCGGGCAUCUUAUCGAUUUCUACAUUUAGAGCCCAAAGUAUUUUCCAGGCUUUGGGAUUGGAGUCCAUUCUUGGAAUUGUUGCAAUGGACAUGCAACUCAAAUAAAGUGUAUAUCUCUUCAGAAACAGCUUCUGAUAUUAGAUGGUGUGCUGUUCAAGUGCUAUCAGUUGUCUUGAGAAUGAGUGAUGAGGCAACCCGGUAUCUGGGGUAUAAGCUGUCUGGUCUUACAGAAGAAAUGGCUUUUGCAUGUUUGUUACGGUGGGAAGGAUUUUGCCAAGAUGUCUCCUUAGAGAAGGCUGGAUGGUAUUUAGAAUCAAAGAAAUUGAGAUUUGAUGAUUUUGUUGAUGGUAAAAGAAAAUUCCUUGUAAACUGUGAUCCAGUUGCAGUUGGCCAACCAACAGGAAGCUUCAAAAGUUACGGCUUGAGCCUUAUUUCUCAUUUAGAGAAAUUUGGUAUGGAGUUCCCUGUCAAGAAAAGGAUGCAGUGUGAAGGAUGUGUUUCUACCUCCAGCUCCUUUGUAAUGACAUCAAACAUAGAAAAGAGCUUAGAAGUAGUUAUUUUGGCAGUGUGCCAAGGUCAGCCUCUCCUUUUGGAGGGUUCAGUGGGAGUGGGAAAGACGAUGCUGAUAAAUGAGUUGGCCCAGAUUACUGGAAAUUUCGAUAUCUUGUUCAUUCAUUUAGAUGAAGAAAUGGACAGCAAAACGCUGAUUGGCACUUACAUUUGUACUGAGAUUCCUGGAGAAUUCAAGUGGCAGCCUGGUUCUCUUACUCAGGCUGUGGUUAAAGGAUUCUGGGUGGUUUUUGAAGAUAUUGACAAGGCACCAUCUGACAUUAUCUCGGUUCUUGCACCUUUAUUGGAGGACAGAAAAUUAUAUGUUCCUGGUCAGGGAGAGGCAAUACCUGCUGCAGAGGGAUUUCAGUUAUUUGCAACUAUAACAAAAUUUCAAACUGGAUCCAGGCAUGCAAUAUCAGGUAAAGAAACAUUUAGCAAUUUGUGGAGAAAGGUUGUGAUCGAUGUUGCAAGCAAUGAGGAUUUGAUCCAAAUUGUAAAAGUGAACUUUCCGGUUUUAGGACAUGUUGCUCCUAAAUUGAUAGACACCCUAGAAAUGGUGAAUAUGGUUAAAACAGCAACCACCUCAAGUUUCAAGUUUGGUGGUUUUGCUUCAGUCUAUGCUGGGAAUCGGUUCUCAACAAGGGAUCUCAUGAAAUUGUGCAAACGAAUCACAGAUUUAGAUUUGGAUUUUGAUAGGGAUGUUUUGUCAUGCCGUACGCGUGAGCAUAUCUUUAAUGAGGCAGUGGAUAUUUUUGCUGCUUCGGUAGCUUGCAAGGAAAGCAGGCAUAUUUUAAUGAAAAGAAUUGCAGAACUUUGGAAUAUAUCUCAUUCACAAGCAGAAUAUCUGGACCAACUAAACAAACCUCAGAUUCAGCUUCUAAAAUCUAUGCUUCAAGUUGGACGUGUUUCUUUAGUUCGGCGGCAGAGUAAAACAACUCAGGAACGUGCUUUUGCAAAUACUGGGAAUGCAUUGCGUGUCUUGGAGCGCAUAGCAUGCGCUGUGAAGCAUAACGAGCCUGUUCUUCUAGUUGGUGAGACUGGUACUGGGAAAACUACUCUUGUGCAACAUUUAGCUACAAAGCUCAAUGUGCCUCUGACAGUUUUGAACCUAAGUCAACAGAGUGACAGCACAGACUUUUUGGGUGGAUUUAAACCAAUAGAAGCUCAAUUGAUAUGCAUUCCUCUCAUGGAUGUCUUCAAUCGUUUAUUCUAUUCAACCUUUUCUUCGGAGCAAAAUAUGCAAUUUCUUGGUAGAAUUCAGCAAUUUGUGGAGAAAAAAAAAUGGGAUCAGUUGCUAAAAGCAUUCCAGAUAGCAGUUGAUAAAGUAGCAAAACUUGUGGAGUCAGAAUCAUCUCAAUAUGUUGGACUGCAACCCACAGUUGGUAAUGGUGGAGAAAAGAAUACACGAAAAAGGAAGAAGUCAAUUGACAGGGAAGUUCUGGAAAAAUGGCGUGAGUUUUCUUUUAUUCUUCAUAGAGCCCAAAGACAAAUUGAAGCUUCAAAAAGCUCUUUUGCAUUUUCAUUUGUGGAAGGAGAAUUGGUAAAGGCCAUGAGAAAUGGUCAUUGGAUUUUAUUAGAUGAAGUAAAUUUAGCAUCUCCUGAGACACUUCAGAGGCUUAGUGGCGUGUUGGAAGGAGACAAAAGUUCUCUUUGCCUGACUGAAAAGGGAGAUGUUAAGUAUGUUACUCGCCAUCCAGACUUUCGAAUAUUUGCUUGCAUGAAUCCAGCAACAGAUGUUGGCAAGCGUGAUUUGCCAUUUUCCAUAAAAAAAAGGUUUACUGAAUUCUUUGUUGAUGAGUUGCUAAAUGCAGAAGAUUUGAGUCUUUUUGUUAAUCAGUAUCUUGAGGGUAUGCUGCCAUCUCUUCCUGUUGAUGAUAUUGUCAAGUUUUAUAAAGAAGCCAGAAGAGAAUCAGAGUCAAGACUGCUUGAUGGAGCAAAUCAGAAGCCUCAAUACAGCUUGCGGUCUCUGGCACGUGCUUUAGAAUAUGCAAGGGCAGCAACCCCAAUGUAUGGUUUUCAAAGGGCUCUCUAUGAUGGAAUAUGCAUGUUGUUUCUGACUAUGCUAGAUCAAUCAAGCUCAGACCUAAUGGAAAUAAUUAUUGCUUCAGUGCUUCUUAAGGAAUCUGGAGCUAUGACAAUAAAGGCUUUAAAUUCAUUACUUAGGGCUCCUCCUUGUCCAAGUUCUGAUCAUGUACAGUUUGAAGAGUACUGGAUUGAAAGAGGAACAUCUCAAGUGUCUAAGGCAUCUACUGAAUUUUGCAAACGAUAUGUUUUGACAAAGACUAUAAAGCAACAUCUAAAGAACCUUGCAAGAGCUGUUUUUAUUCGUAAAUAUCCCAUUCUUUUACAAGGACCAACCUCUAGUGGCAAAACAAGUUUGAUUGAAUAUCUUGCAACUGUCACCGGUCACCGAUUUGUUCGCAUUAACAAUCAUGAGCAUACAGACUUGCAAGAAUACCUUGGUAGAUAUGUUACAGAUUCUUCUGGUAAGCUAGUUUUUCAAGAAGGAAUAUUAGUUGAGGCAGUACAGAAGGGAUAUUGGAUUGUUCUAGAUGAGCUUAACCUGGCACCUUCAGAUGUAUUGGAAGCUUUGAAUCGUCUGCUGGAUGACAACAGAGAACUUUUUGUACCAGAACUUCAGAUGACAUUUAAACCUCAUCCCCAUUUUAUGUUAUUUGCAACUCAGAACCCCCCUGGAACAUAUGGUGGUCGUAAAGUCCUCUCUCGUGCUUUUCGCAAUCGUUUCUUGGAACUCCAUGUGGAUGAUAUACCGGCAGAGGAAUUGUGCAUGAUACUUGAAAAACGUUGCGAAGUUCCUCCAAGCUAUGCAAGCAAAAUGGUUGAAGUUUUGAAAGAUUUACAAAGGCAUAGGCAAAGUAGCAAUGUCUUUGCUGGGAAGCAUGGAUUCAUAACUCCUCGUGAUUUAUUUAGGUGGGCAGAUCGGUUCAGGAGGUGUGGAAAGUCUUACGAAGAUUUAGCAAUGGAUGGCUAUAUGUUGCUUGCUGAAAGACUGAGAGAUGUGAAUGAAAAGGCUGUGGUUCAAAGAAUAUUAGAGAAGCAUCUCCGUGUGAAGAUUGACAUUGGGAAAUUAUACUCAGAGGAUUCUACAGGAUGGCAGGAGAUUGUAAACCUGUCUAUGUCAUGUAACACUUUGGAAGCUCUUGGCAAAGUUGUGUGGACCAAAAGCCUGAGAAGAUUAUUCUAUCUUGUGAAGCGUUGCUAUGAGCAGCGUGAGCCUGUGCUUCUUGUUGGUGAAACUGGUUGUGGGAAAACAACUGUUUGUCAACUACUGAGCCUUGUUUUGAAAUGUUACUUGCACAUAUUAAACUGUCAUCAGCACACUGAGUCAUCAGACUUUCUUGGGGGUUUUCGACCAGUACGUGAACGAAAUAAUAUUGCAGGCAGGUUUCAAGAAAAAAUGUGGACGAUCAACGCAUCAAAAGUGUUUAAUCAGUUCCAUGAAUGCAAAACCUUGUCUUCUAAUGUUGAGGAUGCUAGUAUCACUUUGGAUACUGUCAGACAUGUGUUGGAUAGCAUUAAAUCAAGUGUUUUAUCGGAAGAUAAUGGUAAGGGAUCAAAGCUUUAUGAUACAACAAAAGAUGAAAUAGAUACUCUUGAAUACACCAUACAAGAACUGGUUCAGCUGCAUAAAGAUUGGCAAUCUUUAUUUCUGUGGCAUGAUGGCCCCCUUGUGCAAGCAAUGAAGAGUGGGCAUUUCUUCUUGGUUGAUGAAAUUUCUCUUGCUGAUGACAGUGUUCUUGAAAGGUUGAAUAGUGUUCUUGAACCUAGUCGACUCUUGGUACUUGCUGAGAAGGGAGGUCCUUGUUUAGAGGAGUUGAUUGCUCACCCACAGUUCUUCCUUAUGGCUACUAUGAACCCAGGUGGGGAUUUUGGAAAGAAAGAACUGUCUCCUGCAUUGCGGAAUCGAUUUACUGAGAUAUGGGUGCCUGCCAUUACUGAUUUGGAUGACUUGAGAAACAUUACUAUUAACAGAUUUUCAAAACCUGAGCUCUUGUACCUUGCCGAUCCUCUCCUUAAUUUCUGGAAAUGGUUUCACAAUAAGGAGGUGGGGAGAGUGCUCACAGUGAGGGACCUUUUGUCAUGGAUAACAUUUAUGAACACCACGGAGAAAUAUAUUGGCACUGAUGCUGCAUUUUUACAUGGGGCAUAUCUUGUUCUUCUAGAUGGAUUCAGCUUAGGCUUUGGGCUGUCAAAUGCUACAGCAGAGGGAUUGAAGGAUGCAUGUCUAAGCUUUUUACUGCAACAGCUUCAUGAUGAAGGAUCACAUUCUUGCAAACAUCUUGAAGGAGAAAAUUUUGUUUCGCGGAACCUACUGGAAUCUAUUAAUAAGCCAGGUCUUGAGAAUAACCAGUCAAAUGAUAUGUUUGGUAUUCAUCCCUUCUAUAUUAUGAAAGGUGGCCAUGUGAAUCAAAGGGCCAAUUUUGAAUUAUCAGCACCAACGACCAGCAAGAAUGGCUUGCGUAUACUACGUGCCAUGCAACUUAAUAAACCAGUCUUGUUGGAGGGCAGUCCUGGAGUAGGUAAAACAAGCUUGGUUGCUGCACUUGCAAAUUCCUCGAAGCACAAUCUUGUGAGAAUUAAUCUUUCUGAACAGACGGACAUUAUGGACUUAUUAGGUUCUGAUUUACCUGUGGAGGGAACCAAGGGAAUUGAGUUCCAGUGGUCUGAUGGCAUUCUUUUGCAGGCAUUAAAGGCUGGAAGUUGGGUUGUGCUGGAUGAACUGAACCUUGCUCCACAGUCUGUCCUUGAGGGUUUGAAUGCAAUAUUGGAUCACCGUGGGGAAGUGUAUGUCCCAGAGUUGGGACAAAGUUUUAAGUGUCCACCUUCCUUUCGACUUUUUGCAUGCCAGAAUCCUUCUCAUCAAGGAGGUGGCAGGAAAGGUUUACCUAAGUCCUUUCUUAAUCGUUUCACCAAGGUUUUUGUGGAUGCAUUACAUGAAGAUGACUUCCUUUUUAUAUCCAGUGCUUUAUAUCCAUCUAUUCCAAGGACACUUCUUACGAAAUUGAUAGAAUUUAAUGCGCAAGUUCACAUUGACACUAUGGUUCAAUGCAAAUAUGGACAAACUGGAUCACCAUGGGAGUUCAACUUGCGUGAUGUAUUGCGAUCAUGCCAUCUGAUUGAAGGUUCUCAAGUCCAUCCAAAAGAAGAUUGUUUUCUCAAUAUUGUUUAUUUACAGAGAAUGCGCACAUAUGAAGAUCGUCAACAAGUCCUGAAACUUUAUGAAGAAGUUUUUGGUGCUAGUGCAUAUAUAAAAUCUUUUCCAAAAAUAAGAAUUACCCCCAAAACUUUGUUUGUUGGAGAAGCUGCUCUCCCACGUAAUACCACUUCCUGUGGUCAAGAUAUAAGUAGUAAGCUUCAUCUUCUUCCUGGGUUUGCUAACUCCAUGGAAGCUGUGACACAGUGUGUAAGUCAGGGUUGGAUGUGCAUUUUGGUUGGCCCAUCUUCAUCAGGUAAAACUUCGAUGAUCAGGUUGCUUGCUGAACUGACUGGAAAUACUUUACAUGAAUAUAAUCUUUCUGAUGGAACGGAUACUUCAGAAUUGCUUGGUUGUUUUGAGCAAUAUGAUGCUUUUCGGCAUUGGAAUGAUACUAUUUUAGAGAGUCAGAGGUAUCUGGAAGAACUCUGUGCAGCAUGUUUGGGGGCUCCUGCAAUAGUACUAUCAGCAGAGCGCAGUAAAAUUGUUGUGAAAGAUUUGCUUGAUAGAUGGGCAGCAUUUCAGAUGUGUAUCAAUGCUAAGGGCACUUUGCCAGUUUUCAGUUCAGCAACUGAUAAAAACACAGAAUGUGGGCCAAUUAAUCAUCUGGCAGUAGGAUUAUUGAUAAUGAUUUUGGAGUGCUUGAAAAAAAAUGUCAGUGAAAUUGGGGUAUCUGUGUCUUGGUCAGUUGUAGACAUUGAAACGUUAAUGAAAAAACUCAGACAUUUUGAAAAAUCUGUGGACAAGAAGGGAAUUGCUGGACAUUUUGAAUGGAUCAAUGGUGGUUUGAUCAGGGCAUUGGAGCGUGGUGAAUGGGUUUCACUUGAAAAUGCAAAUCUUUGCAAUCCCACGGUGCUUGACAGGCUUAAUUCAUUGUUAGAACCAAGUGGUUCAAUUACUGUAAAUGAGCGUGGGAUUGUUAAUGGGGAACCAAUGGUGGUUUAUGGUCAUGCCAAAUUCCGAUUGUUCCUUACAGUAAAUCCAAAUAAUGGUGAAGUGUCAAGAGCUAUGCGUAACAGAGGAAUUGAAAUAUAUCUUAUGCAACCAAAUUGGUUGGUGCCCUCCAAAGAUAGUGAAAAAAUGAAUGCAAGUAGCACACAAGACUUGAAAAAGAUUUUAACAUUAUCUGGUAUUCCAAUUUCAAAUUUAAUUGAUUCAAUGGCAAACAUGCAUGCUUCUUUGAAGAAUGAAGUCUCCUGCUUUGGUAUAAUUCUUUCUUUGCGUGAGUUUGUUCAGUGGAUUCAACUGUUCCAACAGUUGCUAGUUAGAGGGGGAAGUCUCUUUUGGUGCUUGUACAGAAGCUGGGAGCAGAUCUAUUUGCAUUCUCUGUACAACAUUGAAGCAAAAAAUGCUGCUUUUUAUUUAAUGAAGCUUCACUUUUCUGAUAUUGAUAUUGUUCAGCCAAAUAACUGUUUUAAGGUAGGCUUAUCUUUGCCAGGAGGAUGGCCAACGCCUCUAGAACUAAGAAAAUAUCUACAAUUUUCAAGAGAAGCAAUAGUGAAGCGUGACUGUAUGUAUCUGGAGUUUGUAGGAGCACAAUGGACAUCCUUGAAGAUAAGUCUAGAUGGAAUGUCCAGCUUCAGUAAGGAAAGAAAUGAUAUGGAAGACAGAUUCUUGUUGUGGCUAAAGAGCAAACAACUUUGCCCUUCAUUUUCUCCUUCUUAUUUUCUCCGUUAUAUUUUGUUUCCCAGUUCAUUAACAAUGGUAGACAUUGCUGAAAUAAAUCCUCCACUUUUUGAUUCAAUGGCAAUUGAAAGUAUGCUAUUUUCUGCUGCAACAUGGAUGAUAGAACAAGCUUCUUCUACUGAUUUGGAACUUCGCAUAUGUUGGCUUUCUUGGUUUGCUUCAAAGGUUGUGUCAUACUGUCCUUUUUUCAGUUUCUUUGUGACUAUAUUAGAGAAAGAAAAGGCUCACCCCAUAUUGAAAUGCCUCGCAUCUGUUUGGCAAGAACUGAAAUCCCUCUUUCCUGGAAAUUUAGCUGUUGAGUCAUUACCCUAUUUUUCAACCAAGUCAAUAAAAUCAAUUCCUUCAAGUGAGAUUACAAAUCCAGUCAUUAAGAGGUUGCAACAACUCAUCAAAAGGGUUUUGAUUCUCAGAUGCAUCAUGUGGCAAUGGAAUACCGAGGAUGAAUUCAAUGGAAUUCAUAAUAUUUCUGCAGAUAAGAGUUCUGCAUCACUUGCUGGAAAAAUUUGUGUGUGGUUACCUCCUGUCUUGAAGAGUCUCAGGGAACUUGAAAAUGAAGUUCUUAUAUUCAGUACAGAAUUUGUUUGUGAUGAAAAUUUUGAUGAGCUUUUCAUGUGGGUGCAAGAAUGCCACGUUGCUUUAUGGAAGUCAGCUAAUAGUCCCAUUAUUGAGUCUGAUUUACUAAUGAUUUGUUGGCAGAGUGUGAAAAAGUUUGUAGCUCGAAUGUUGGAUCAUGUUCCAAAUAAGGAAUAUGUUUCUCAGGCAUUUGAAAGCUUCAAACAUGCAAGUAAAAACUUGGAUGGAGUAUUAUGCACAGGGUCCAAUUUAUCAAAGCCUUAUUUGUGGAAAUAUGGUGGCCAUCCUAUGGUGACAGCUUCAUCUGAAAAUUUUAUUCAGCAACAGCAUCUUUUAGAUUUUUGCCAUACGGUAUGGCCAGUAGCCUUACAGCAGGGAUUGGCAUUUGCAUCAGGAAAAUUGUCUCUAGAGGAGAUUUCUGUUUCUGCCAAUUUAGAUCUGAGAUAUCUGACAGUGCAAGGAGUGACCAUGGCCUUGUGCAUGGUCAACCAGGGCAUUAAUAAUGGUUCUCAUGAAGUUGUCAAAGAUUGUGAAGAAAUAUACAAGAUGCUUUCAGAAAAAGUUGAAGGAGAAAAAAAUUCACUUGGAAAUAAAUUUAGCUCAAAUAUGAUAUUAUAUCCAAGGGCUGAGAGAUUUGGGAUAUCGUCAAAUUCAUGCAAAUGUUAUAAUCAUAUGGAUAAUUGCUUUCCCUCUGAGAUUUUAUGUUCCUCUUCUGCUUAUGACUUAUGGGUUACACUUCUCCCAUUGCCAAACAUGAAGAGCUUGCGUCUUGAUCUAAUGUUGCUAAAUGAACUCUCAGAAAGUUGUGUAUGCUAUGUCACGGAUCAGUGUCAGGAUCGGGCUGCUUUGAAUGUCACUGAAUCUCUGAUAACUGCGAUAAGAUUUGGUCUCCAGUCAACAUCACGAUCACCUCUAGAUUUUGUACCACAUCAGAAAUGCUUAUGGAUGAUAGAUGCUAAUACUUUGGAUGAUAAUGAUAGUACAAUGUUAAGUUGUACUGUUCAUGAAAUGUGGUUCAGAUGGCACUCGGCAUUGUGGACUGUGGCACAUGAAUAUGAUAUGAAGAACAUCAGAGGCAAAUGGAACGAAAUUCAAGGCCCUCUCGUUCUUUUCAAAGCAACAAGAACGGCAGUUUUGUCUAGCAUUCUAGAGCCAUUGCCUUCUGUUAAGGAUCAUAGCAUCAAACUACUUCAGCUUAAGGUGGCUUCAGCUCAUGUUUGGAGAGAUUUCAAACUUAGGGGCGGUCUAUGCAAGUUUGUUUUGUGUACAGCCAGUAUCCUUUUACAACAGAUAAUACUUGCUCAUAAUAAGUCUUUUAACAAAGGUCACAUGCAAGAGAUCCAGUCAAUAUUCUUUUCUCUACAUCAAAAUGCUGCCAAGGUUAAUGAGGGAUUUGAUCAACAGUUGCUAGAGCGCUUGAAAUCGCUUCUCAAAGAAUCUAAGCAUGAAAGACUAGCUGGAUUGAGCAAGUCCUUUAUUCAACCAUUGAUGCAAGAAUUAUAUUCAUGUUUUCCAAUGACUGGCGAAUCUUCUUCAGAUUCUUUGUUCAAGUUGGCUCGGGUAUGGUUGCUUCUUGGUGGAUUGCGGCUACGGCUAUUAGUGUGCCCACAUAUAGUUGAUCCAGUUAAAAAAUCAAUGCACAAAUACAAUCAGCUUUUGGAGAAAAUAUCACAACUUGAAAUUGAUAUUAAGGUGAGGCAAGAAUGUGAAAUCCUAGCGGGGGGCAAUCCAAUAGAAAGUGAAGUGCGAGAAAAGCUUAUUGUACUUGAAAAGCUGAAAAAGGAGCUGCAUAACUUAGCAUGCAAGGUUGUUUAUCGUCCAGAUCCUUCUCAAUACAAAACUGCCAUUAAAGAAUCUCUUGACUUCAUGGAAUCUAUGGCAUCUUCAUCAAAAAUCGAAACACUAAUGAAUCACCUUGAAUAUCAUACAUCAGAUUUACCAAAAACUACUUCAGAAGUUCAAAACUGGCAGGACAUUUCCACUGCAUUUAUUCUCCGACUUUCAAAGGAAUACGCUGCAUACAAAGACAUUGUUCAGCCAAUUCAACUUGCUAUCUAUGAGCUUAAAUUUGGAUUGUCAUUGGCAGUGGGAGCUGCUCUUGAAAAACACUUUUGUAAUCUAGUUGGAGCAAGCAAUUUUGAUAAGAUGAUUGAGGUUCUUUCUUUGUUAAUGGAGUUUCCAAGUCGACCUUUAGCAUUAUCCUCUAUCACAUUUAGUCAUGGAGAGCCAAAAAAUACUUGUAACACUGAUUGUCAACAAUUGUUGACUGGAGAAGUGUUAAAACUAUUAUCUCCACCAAUCAUAUCUGGUAGUGCUGGCAAAGAGGUUGUAGACCCAAAGUCACAGGUAGUAAUCCUGCAAAUUUGUCUUGUCCGCACAACCAGUAGCAUCUUGCAAACUCUUAUUAUGGACAGUUCUUCAAUGCAGCUGCUGAAUACUAUAUUUAGCUCGCUGACAAGUUUAUGGUUGCAAUCAAAAGAACUGAUGAAAGAAAAAGCUCUCCAUGAAGCAGAAGCAGAAGCCUUCCAAUUUAAGUCCCGCAGUUGUAAGAUUGGAGAUGAUGCAGAAAUUGAUGAUUUAUCUUUUAAUAACCUAUCCAUUAAAGAUAAUUGGUUUUCUGAAUGGGAAGAUAUCUCGUCAGAAGCAGCUGCUGAUCAGGAUAAAGUUGAAUAUCCAAGACAGGAAAAUGAAAAACUUGAAGAGACUUGGACAUCUAUUGAAGAAUCGGUUUUACUGGAUGUGGUUAAAAUGCAUGGCCGAUUGUUUGGAUCUACUAAUCUUGUGCAAUAUUUUGAAAAUGUUCAGAUCUUAGAUGAUGAGAGGUUGUAUGCCUUUAGCCUUGCAUACGAAGCUGGCAAGAAGUUUAUUGAAGGUUAUGUUAGAUGUGUGGGAUAUUCUUUGCCUGCAACAUUGGAUGAUAACAUAUUAUCAGGCCAUUUGCUGCAUUUGUGUCUAGCUCACCAAAAGCUUUCCCAAUCACUUGUUUGGAGAUACAAUAUUUACAAGGAUUCUAAUACAUCUGAGAUUGCAUUAAUGGUAGAACCCCUUGUGAAACUUAAAGGGAGGGUAGAUUCUCUCCUAAUUGAAUGGCCUGAACAUCCAGGGUUGCAGCAGAUUCUACAAAUCAUUUGUUCACUAUUGGACAUUCCUCUUACCGCUCCAUUAAUCAAGGCACUCACUGGUGUGCAAUUUUUACUCCAUAGAUCACAACUGUGGGAGGAAAAUGCUCCAAGAGUUCUUUCUUUGGCAGAUGAACUGCGUCCGCUUUCAUCUUUAGUAGGUUGCUGGCGAAAGGUUGAAUUUGAUUGCUGGCCUGCACUAAUGGAUGCUGCUGAAAAACAUCAUGAAGUUAAUGCGGAAAAACUAUGGUAUGCAUUAUAUUCAAUCCUGUUUCGGACAAUGUCAGAUUCAGAUGUGGAAAUUAUCUCCACAAUUUCCAGUCUGGAAGAGUAUAUGCAGACUGCAACUCUAGGAGAGUUCAGGAAACGCUUGGAGCUCUUGCUUACUUUUCAUGGGCAUUUAUUUUCCCAAGUAUGCUUGGAGGCAUACCCUACAAAUAUGGAAAGUGCUCUUGUCAUGAAACUUUCAAGUAUUACAUACAAUUUAUAUGGGUAUUAUAUGCAGUUCUUACCAUUGAUACUUGAAUCAAUUGAAUCCGGCAGGAAAAUCAUUGAAAAAGAGUUGAAAGAAUGUUCAGUUUUUUGUAAGUGGGAUGAUCAUCGCUACUAUCCACUGAUCGAAUCUUCAAAGAAGACACAUCAAAAGCUCCGGAAACUGAUUCAGAAAUUUAAUGAAAUAUUGAAGCGCCCUGUUAUGGAAUUGCUGAAACAAGAAAAAAUGAAAUUCGGUUCGGUAAAUCUUGAUUCUUCUAAUUUUAAAACUUUCGAGGGUGAAGAAAUUCAAAGUCAAUUUGAAGAUUUGGAAAGCAGUACUGCUGGGAGUAACUGGCAUCAGCACAUUGCAAAUCAACUGCAAUCGACAAGUCAGAUAGCUUCUGAUCUUUAUAGAGAUGGAAUGAGAGUAUAUCAGCAGAAGACUCCUCUUUCAACCGAGAAAGUAGGAAGGUAUUUAAGUGAGGCUAUAUUUUCAAAAAUUGCCUCUGAUAUGCGCCAAGAAGGAUAUGAGUCACUCAAGAUGGUUUGGAGAAGUGUACUUGAUCGUGCAUAUGAUCUCCGCAACACUGAAAUCAAGCGUUCUGUCAAAAAGAAGGCUCUCACAGACCUUCUAAAGCUUCUAAGAUCUAUUGGUUUAUCACGAUACAAAUCCACUGUGCCAGAGGAAGAGCGUGACACACACAGCUAUUUUCUGCAACCCUGCUUCAAUGUGACACAUUUACUUGAUCCAAAAAUCCAUUCGAAACCCAUUAAAAUGGACUCUGCUACUGAUCAUUUUGAAUCAUUACAAUUUAAGAAAAAUGAUUUGAAUUGGAGAUUGGCAAAUGGAUACUAUUUCAAAAAUAUGGCACUGAUGGUGCACUUGAAGGAAAGCCACUUGAGUUUCCACAAAGACCUCAGUCUACAAGAGGUCAAAAUUUCUUCGUCUUUUCUAGAGCAUCUUCUUUAUCUGCAACGUAAGCAGAGGCGAACUGCUUAUGAGUUCUCUUCUAAGCUUGAACAGCUCUCCAAGCUUUCUCUACUGCUGAAAGAUUUUGGAAAUGCUGGCGUAGCGGAUAUGGUGGUGAUUCCCUAUAGGCAGCAUGCUAUCCAUAGAUUAAUGUGGGAUCAGAAGCAUAUUUUUGAUAGUCUAUGCUCCGUGUCUUCUGAAAUUUCUUUGCUACUAAAAGCAGUGGGAAGUGUCCAUGGUUGCCCAUUGACUACUCUUGGUGGUGAGGUGAAAAAAUUACAAGUCUUCUUUGAUAAACAUAAUCAUUCUUUGAAGACUUCAAAGGUCUCUUUGGACAAGUAUCUUCUUGGAGGUAACUUGAUAGCUGUCAACUCUAAUCAACAAUCAUGGCCAUUUAUUGUUUCUAAAGAAAUGGACGAAGUGGUACAGAUGAACUUCAUGGUCAUAAAGAAAAUGCAAGAAGACAUCUUAACAUUAUAUCAAGAUUGCAACAUUGAAUAUGGCUCAAUGCCCUCCUUGACAUACCUCUCUGACCUCCUUCAGAAGGGAAUGCAAUUGUUUCAUGAAUUCAUGAAUGAUACUGAUGGGCUCUCUUCCAACAUCAAUGAACUGAAUACCUUGUUUGUAGAAUCUCAUGAAAAAACUAUUUCAGCAAUUAUGAUUGCAGUGCAAAAUAUCAAGAAAUUCAAUGAUAGAAUGGGGCACCAUGGUUCGCCUCAUACACAAGUGCCUUCUUUGGCAGAGGAGAAUAUGGAUCUUGGAGGAACUUUGCAAACAUGGGAAUCCCUGUUUAGCCAACAAAUAUCAAACCUUCGCUUAGAUACUAUAGAGGGGACACUUUUUGAAACAAUUACAGCUGCUGUUAAACUCAUCAACCAUGGAGCCCAGGAUAAGACUGAGCUUUAUAUCUCCACGGGAAAAAUGUUAGGAAGUUUAUAUUUAUUUGUGCGUAUGAUCAUAAGUGCUGGAAAGAUGGUCCUUUUUGAUUAUGUAAACAUGCAUAAGACAGUAGCCAAAUUGGAUUAUAUCCUAUCAAACAUCUUUGUAGCAUUGUAUACUGAUGGUUUUUGUGUAACUAAAGAAGAUCCAGAGAAUGAGGGAGAUAAUCUCAAGUUUGAAGAUGCUACUGGAACAGGCAUGGGAGAGGGUGAAGGUGCAAAGGAUGUAAGUGAUCAGAUCCAAGAUGAGGAUCAACUUCUUGGGGGUUCUGACAAGCCAAGUGAGGAACCUUCUGCAUCUGCAAAAGGUCCCCGUGAAGAUGAUAAAGGCAUAGAAAUGGAGCAGGACUUUUCUACAAGUGAUAUGCAUAAUGUCAGCGAGGAUUCAGGGGAUGACAGUGAGGAGGAUGAUGGGGAUGUAAAUCUGGAUUCAGCUAUGGGGGAGACAGGUGAGGAUGAAGAGGUGGUUGAUGAACAGCUAUGGAACAAAGAGGAUGAUGCUCAGCCACAAAAUAAAAAAGAGAGGUAUGAAACAGGGGCUUCUGUGCAGGAUACUGGGGCAGAUUCCAUGGAGCUUAGAGCAAAGCAGGAUAUGGAUGAUGGUGAAACAGGUCGACAAAAUAAAGAUGACAAGGAAGCUGCUGAAAAUGAUGACAUGGAAAUUCCUGACAAUUCAGGUGCUAGUAAUGAUGUGAGUGACAUUCCUGAGGAGUUAACCAUGAACAAGGAUGAUGCAUAUUCAGAACCCACAGGGGUGGAACCCAAUAAGGAGGAAGAAUUCGUGGAACCCAAUAAGGAGGAAGAAUUCAAAAUUAAUGAUGAUAUGGAGGUGGAUGAGCCUGCAGGUUCAGACGAGGUUAAGGAUGAAUCUGAUUCAUGCCUAGAUGAUAUGACCACCGAAAAUAAUAUGCAAGAUGGGGAAUAUUCAGAGAAAGAAGACUCUUACAUGGAAGAUUGCAAGCAAGUUGAAAAUGAUUCUAUAAUGGAGCUACAGCAAGAUGAAAAGAUUGAAAAUAGUGAAAUUAAAGAAAAUUCAUCUGGAGGAGUUGAACGGUCAGUUGAAGCUUAUGAAAGUUCUUUGCAAUUAGGGACUGAUCAGAAUCUUCUAGAUUUUCAACAUAUACCAAAUAUGGCAAAAAGCAAUGAAAAUCACAAUGCAAAUCAAGGAUUAGAAAACAGCAUUAAUUCUGAGGUUCAAAAUGAUAAUAUUCUUGAAGAUAGUCAUGCAGAUGGGCAUAGUUCUAUGGGAGGCGUGUUGAAUGCAGCUGCUUCUGAGCUGCCAUCAUCAUUUCCUGAUAAUGGAAAGGAAGGCAGGUCUGAUCCUAAUGCACCCUCAUCAUCUGAAAGACAUUUGCAAUCUUUAGAAAGAAUGAGUGCCAAUCCUUUUCGUAGUAUUGGUGAUGCCUUGAAAGACUGGAAGGAGAGGGUAAAAGUAUCCGAUACUUCAUCCCAAGAUCCUAAUACAGCUGAUUCUUCUAAGAAAGUGGAGGAUUUGGACAUGGAUGGGGGAGAUGAGUUUCAAUUUGUUUGUGAAGAAGAACAAAGUCAUGCCCAAGCGCUAGGUGCUGCUACUGCUGAUCAACUUGGCCAGAACCCAAAUAUGAACAAUUCAAUUAUGAAGGAAGAAGAUGUCAGUGUAAUGGAGAAUCCACACUUUACAAAUGAGACUGAAGAAAUAGAAGCACACGAUAACCCUAUUUUAGAGCAGAAUCUUACAAACAUCAAGAAUAAAAUGAAGACAGAAAAUAAUACAGUUAUUGGAAAUGAUUCAUCUUUUUCAAAAAGUGUGAAUGUUGACAUGGCUGUAGAUUAUGAAAAUCAAGAAAGGGAUCCAUUAGGAAGUUUUGUGUCAAUUGAAAGACAGCAUCAGCAUAAAAUUCUUUACCCAAAUAACGUGUCAACUACUAGUGACUCUGCUUGGACUGAGGAAGAUAACAGAAAAUUGAGGAGGGAAAUUGAGAUGAUAUUCAAGGAACAUCACAAUGCUUUUGAAAAUGCUUCAGUAGUUUGGGCAAAGUAUGAACAACUUACUACAAGGCUUUCACAAGACUUGGCAGAGCAGUUAAGAUUGAUCAUGGAACCAACCUUAGCAAACAGACUUGAAGGGGAUUACCAAACUGGGAAGCGUAUUAAUAUGAAAAAGGUUAUUCCUUACAUUGCCAGUCAGUUUCGAAAAGAUAAGAUCUGGCUCCGUCGCACAAAGCCGAAUAAACGACAAUACCAGGUUGUUUUAGCGCUUGAUGAUUCUCGAAGCAUGUCUGAAAAUCAUUGUGGUCAUAUGGCACUUGAAGCUCUCAUUACCAUAUGUAAGGCAAUGUCACAAUUAGAAGUAGGACAGUUAGCGGUUGCUAGUUUUGGAGCAAAAGGUAAUGUCCGUUUACUGCAUGAUUUUGAUCAGCCCUUCUCAAGUGAAGCAGGUCUCCAGAUGAUUUCAAAAUUUUCCUUCAAGCAAGAUAACACCAUAGAAGAUGAACCUGUUGUUGACCUCCUCACAUACUUAACUCGCAUGUUGGACCAUGUUGCAAUGAAUUUAUGUGGACCUUCUAGCCGGCCUGAAAUUCAACAACUUGUGUUGAUCAUUGCAGAUGGUCGUUUCCAUGAAAAGGAGAGUUUAAAGCGCUGUGUAAGGGAUGCUUUGAGUAGGAAACAAUUGCUGGCCUUCAUUGUGUUGGAUAAUCCAGAGGAAUCAAUACUGGAUGUACAAUCUGUAUCAUUUACAGGGGGAGUACCUACAUUCUCCAAGUACUUGGAUUCAUUUCCUUUCCCAUAUUACAUUAUCUUGAAGAGCAUUGAGGCACUUCCAAGGACAUUGGCAGAUUUGUUGAGACAGUGGUUUGAGUUAAUGCAGACUACAAACAGCUGAGUUGAGAACUGGAUAUUUGAUGGUGUGGACCCUCUUAUUGAACCAUUAAUAUCCGGAAGUUAUGUAAGGUCCAUCGUGUUCAUUCUGCUACUUUAUGGUCAAUGUUGCCAUUCUGGAGUUCUAUCAUAUGUCUGAUGGUUGUGGCUUAAUGAAGAGAUGGAAGAAAUCAGCCUGUGAUGUCCCUAUUGUUUGGUUAUAAUUUAUUGGCAAUGUCACCAUUUUGGAUUUCUCUCUCAUUUCUAAAUGGCUGACUUGAAGAAGAUUGGACGACAAUAGGUUGCUAUGCAAAACCAUAUGCCAGGGCCUCCUUCCAACAUGAUGUCCACAACAAAAGAUGGUUGAUAGCGGCCACUCUGGUAAGGUUUGCUUCAUGUAUAGGAAAAACCUGAACAUGACAUUUACUGCAUGUGAAAGAAAUUUUGGAACAAUAUGAGAUUUUUUCCAUGUAAAAGAAUAUUUGACAAUAUGAGGCUUCCCGUACAAGAAAUAUUAAAUCAAUAUGAAAACAGAAGGCUUGACAAUGCAUAGACCUUGAGAUGUAGUACAGUUUUAUAUUUAGUUGCUGUAAAUUUUGAUGAGGGGCAUUAUUCAAAGAUGGUAACAUUCAUAUUCAGAAUGGUUAAAUAAAAUAUCAUGGUGAUUUUGUUAA